CUCCUCUCCCCAUAGUCUUGACAGCCCAGAACGGAUUUGGAUUUGGAUUUGGAGCAGGCCUUGGAGGGAAUGUGAAGCCUCUGAAGCCAGAAUAUGGUCUUGGAAAUGGACCGGGAGUCCAGCCAGGCCUAGGAGCAGGGAUGAAGCCUCAGAUGCCAGGCUAUUUGGGGGUUGUGAAGGCCCAGAAGCCAGGUGCUGGGGAGGGCAUGAAACCUCAGAAGCCAGGCCUGCGAGGGACCUUGAAGCCUCAGAAGUCAGGAUAUGGCCAUGAAAAUGGGCCCUGGCCAGGUCCCUGCAAUGCGAGGGUCGCUCCGAUGCUCCUCCCCAGGCUUCCCACUCCCAGGGUCCCUUCGGACAAAGAGGGUGGCUGGGGCCUGAAAUCCCAGCCCCCUUCCGCAGUGCAGAAUGGCAAGUUACCAGGGCACCAGCCUCCAAAUGGCUAUGGACCAGGAGCAGAACCAGGUUUUAAUGGUGGCCUCGAGCCACAGCAAAUUGGUUUAGGUUAUGGGAAUGGUGUCCUGGGAGCCAGGGUCUUCCCCGAGGCCCACCCACAGCCAGGGUUCCAUGGGGCCAAUAGUUUUAGGAAUGGGGAUGGGGUGGAAGCUCUGGUGUACCCCAAAGCAGCAGCUCCAGCCCCUGAAGGAAAUGGGCAGGCCGGGGUGCUGUGGAACUCUCGCUGGCCCACCCUCCAGGCCUGGGGGGCCAGCUUGAAGCCUGGAUAUCAGGCUGGAGUUGAAUAUGCUGAGGCCAGGAGCCAGCCAGGCCGCUGCCCUCUGGGGAAAUGCUGA